AUGGCAGAGGAAGACAUAAAGCUUGUGCGCAUUAUUAAAGAGAUGCAACAAAGAGGUUUCAAUGUUCUCUUAGUAGUGCUCGACUUUGAUGACUACUACGAAUACCCAUCAGAGGUAUUAUCUAGUUGCCCCGUGUGGUUAUGGGAAGACCUAUUCAACGGACAAUGCCCUUUAAGUGACGAUGAGGAUGAAGAAGAGGAUGAUGAAGAUACUAAUGCUGAAACACUCGUCUACUGGGACGUGGAUGAUUUCCCGGUGACCGAUAUAGUUACGUUCAAUGAGAAUAUCAGAUCAGCUCUAGGUAACGCCGGUUAUCAUGGUAACGUGUCAAUCACGCCGGAAUCACCUUUGUAUCCGGAGCUUCGUCGAGGUCUCGUUUGGGGUCAGCAGAAGCUAAUCCCAUUCUUCACCAUCAUCAGUUUCAAGAACCAGAAAAUGGACGGAAGCGGUGGUGACGGUGGUGCGAUGGCAACGCCUGUACAGAAGCGGGCACACGAGGCAUGGAGGGUUUACAAGUAUUACCUUGACAAGACUACUCCUCAUUCAACUUACAGGUGGAUUGGAACGUUCGUCGUCUUUCUUAUCUACUGUUUGAGGGUUUUCUCCAUUCAUGGAUUCUACAUCAUCUCCUAUGGUCUUGGCAUCUACCUCCUGAAUCUGCUCAUUGGGUUCUUGUCCCCUCUCGUUGAUCCUGAGCUCGAAACCUCUGAUGGAGCUUCUCUGCCUACUCGUGGCUCUGACGAGUUCAAGCCCUUUAUCCGCCGACUUCCUGAGUUUAAAUUCUGGUACUCGAUGACCAAGGCAUUCUGCAUAGCGUUUUUGAUGACGUUCUUCUCGGUCUUUGAUAUUCCCGUCUUCUGGCCUAUACUGGUUUGCUACUGGGUCGUUCUCUUUGUGCUCACCAUGAGACGCCAAAUCUCCCACAUGAUCAAGCACAAGUACAUUCCUUUCAGCAUCGGCAAACAGAAAUAUGGCGGCCGGAGAUCUUCUGCGAGCGGUGGUGGCUCUCGUGCCGAUUGA